CGUGCCUCUGUGCAUCUGAAUUUCUCGAGUGUGUGUGUGGUGUGCGAGUGUGGGCGAUUGGGGAGCUGGCUCCCGGCUGAGAUCGUGGAGGCCCAUGGCCCAUUCCUUGUCCGUCAGCCGCCAGCGCCACGAGGAGCGGGAAACGCGAUCCGAUUUUCUGUGCUUCUUUUCGUCGUGCGCCGAACGAGAGCGAAAGUUCACUAAUUCAGUUUGUGGUUUUCUGGGGGAAACGCAAUUUAAUUUGGCCCAAAACGAUUCAAAGGCAAAAUCAGAGACAAAGGCGCGAAAACAUAACGAUUUCGGACGCGUGCCAGGCGACGGGCGGUGGGCAGAGAGAUGUAUCCAACACAUAUAAUAUGAUUUUCCGCUCGCAGUGCUCUUUCCGUUUCUUUAUUUCAUUUAUUUGUAUUUUUUUUUUCUCUGCGGUUUUUGCCGGCUGUUGUCGUCGUCGUCGUCGUCGUAAGCUAAAUGCCGGCGGCGGUUCUCCGCGACUCUCGGUUCUCCGUUCAGUUCUGCUUGAGUUUCUGGCGACGAGUGACACACACAGAGGGCACUGCCAAUAAACGACAAACGAAAAACGAAACACAUCUUAGUUCUACACAGAUUCAAACCGACCAAAAGACACGAGACACGCACACAAAUCUACACAAAUCUACAAAAAUCUACACAAAUCUUGCACUGCAACUGCAUUGGCUUUAAAUCGAGGCACUGUGACAUAGACGAUGCCCAAUAACCGCAAUCGCAAUCGCAAUCGAAAUCGCAACAAACGCAAUCGAAAUCAAAAUCAAAACCAAAAUCAAGCUCAAAAUCCCAGCCAGGAGCAGUUGGAGGUAGGGGAGGAGGAGCAGCAGCAGGACUCUCACCCAGAGAUAGCAGUUUCGUCCUCGACAGAUAAUGAUAAUGGAAAUUCUGGCACCGUUUCAAAUGGGCCAGCAGAAAGUCAUAAUAAUAGCAGCCAUGGUGAAGAUGUGACGAACAUUCUGGUGAAGAGCCAAGACAGCAAGGGAAACGGGGAAAGCGACGUAAACGAGGAAAAUUUGGUGGAACCAGCCACACUCAUCCAAGAAGAGGAAGAUCUAGCCGUGGAAAUGGGUGCCAAGAACUCAAAGCAUCAGAAGGAGAAGUCCGCCAAGCGAGCGAAUGAUGGAAAGGUUGAAGAGCAGGUGCGACCAGGCCCCACAAUAAUAAGAAGGCCACCCGGCAGUCCACGUCAGGCCAAGGUCAUAGUGCACCGGAUAGUGAGGGAGGAGGACAAGGUAGAUGGCAAGGCUGAGAUCCAACAAGAGGUGGUUGCACCAAAAGAAGAGAAAGUGGAGGUCAAGGAGCAGCCACAAGAAGAGGCAUUAACUGAGCAAGUUCCUCAGGAACCUCUAGAGAUUAACCCUAGUCCAAAGGAAACUGAAGAAAAUGAAGUAUCUGCAAAGGAAUUACCUAACAAGGAGCAACCAGAACCAAAGGAACCCGAGCAGUAUGUCCUGCAACUGCAAAAAGCCAUGGAAUUUGUGGAAAAUGCACAUAAGCAGCAUGUGGCUCUGGUGGAAGAUCAUCAGAAACCCGAAGAGAAACCAACUAAAGAAGACUCACAAGUCAAACUUGAAGUACAAGAGCAGCAGAAAUCAGAGGAUAAAGCACAAAAUCUAAAUGAUAAAGCACAAAAUCUUAAGGAUCAGGAAGAAACCGAAACUCAAACAGAAUUAAAUUCUGCAAAGGAGAAUUCAGAAAAACAACAACCAGAAGCCCCUCCACAAGUCAUAGAAAAAAUCCUGAAACAAGUCCAGUUUGAGGAGAAUCAGCAAAGGAUUAUCCCAGAGCCAGAGGCUACUCCUUCUCCCCAGAAAUCCCAGCACACCUCCAAGGUGAUAAUCCAUCAGAUCCGCCUCGAGACCGACGAGGAAGAGCGUAACCGCAAAGGUAAACCCACCAUUGAGGAGAUUAGCAGCACUCCUGGCUCUCUGCUGGGCACACUCUCCCCUCCGCCUCGCUACCUGGUAGAGUCACCCAAGAAUGUGUCCAGUGGAGGGCAGUUCUCACGGUUUGCCCGCGACGUACAGAUCCAGGAGCUGGAGCUAAACAGCGAUUGCAGUUCCGGUGAGUUUAACUCGCUGCAGUCGCCGCUCGUUUGCGAAGUGGACUCCGAGUCGGAGGGUUCAAUAGUUGGAGCUGGAGUCUUGGGGCCGGAGCGUUCCCCGUCGGAUCCACAGCUGCCGUCCAGCAGCCGAGUGGAGCAGCAGGAGCAGCUGCGUCAGAAGCGCGCCCAGAAGAGGAACGCAUUGGAGUCGCACUUUCUGCCGCAGCUGCUAAAUCCUCGCUACCUGGACAGCAUCCUGGAGGAGAAUGGCGAGACGCAGUUCAGGAAUUCCGCUGCUUCUUUAGCCUCCUCCUCUGGAGGAAGCGAUCAGGCGGGGAAUCGCACGCCCAAGCUCAACGAGACCUUUCCCAAGAGCCAGUUGGACUUUAGCCGCCGUCACAAGCGGCGUGAGGAGGCCCCAGUGCCACUCAAGCUGGAGACCAAGUUCCUUGAAGAGCCCAGCGACCUGGAGAGCUGCUCCCGCCUGCAGAGCACCUUGUCGCCGCAGUCCGAGGAUGCCGAGCUGAUUUACCUCAGCUCCUCGGCCUCGAGCAGCGUUUCCGAUCUGAUGGAACUCGAGCUGGAGCAGGCGGCGGCCCUGGCGGAACGGGCAUUGGUCGACUUAGAUACCGAUGCCAGUCGGCUAAUCCAUCGACCGGAUGACGAGAUGAGCAGCACCAGCACCACGACGGCGGACAGGAGCGAGACGGAAGCGGAAACAGAGGCGGAGACGGAAACGGAGACCGAGAGAGAGGCGGCGGAGAGCCGCGAGAGCACACCUGUUAACACACUCGCCGCAACGCCCACGCCCACGGCCGUGCCAGCGGAGAGAGAGCAGCCGUUGGCAAGAGAUACGGAUACAAAUGUAUCUGGCGGAUCGUCGGCCAGUUUCGGGGCAGCGUCUGCGCUGGCGGCCACGCGCGAGGAGUUCGUUCGCAACAUGGAUAAAGUGCGCGAGUUGAUCGAGAUGACGCGGCGCGAGCAGGAGCAAGGUGAAGAUACGCCGCGAUCGCCGUCCCCGCCGCCGGUUCCCCCGCCCCCCGCCGCUAUACACCAAUACACCGCUACACCCCUAGAUAGCACCCACAGUACACAGUACACAACUAGUGCCACCUCCAGCCUCACGCCACUGCAGCUGCCGAUGCAGCUGCCAAAGCAGCUGCGGCGGCAGGAGUCCAAUGAUUCGCACUGCUCCGACAGCACCACCCACAGCCAGUGCACGGCCAUCAAUCUGGCCAGUCCCCCGCUUCCCAGCACCCAGCCACCCACUCCUCCCAUCCGGCAGAAGCCUGCACCCGCCACGCCCACGCCCACGCCCACGACCACGCCUAUUCCCCAGCCAGAGCCCUCAGAGCUUUCCGUUGCAGAUCAGGACACAGACGCCAUCAAGAAGCUGCGUCUGCUGUGCACCGAGCAGCUGGCUUCUAUGCCCUAUGGCGAGCAAGUGCUGGAGGAGCUAGCCACCGUGGCCCAGAACAUAUCAGAUCAGUCGGAUCAGACCAGAAUGCCCUACCCCAUGCCCCAGCUGCCACACAUCAAGGAGCUGCAGCUUUCACAGUCGGAGACCGGCAAGUCCUCCUCCGCCUGGCUGGGUCUGCCCACUCAAUCGGAUCCCCAGCUACUGGUAUGCCUCUCGCCCGGCCAAAGGGAGCUGCUGGAUGCCCAGACACAGCCGGAUGACUUGCUGGAUGCCCACCAAAAGUUCGUGGAGCGACGCGGCUACCAUGAGCUGAGCAAGGCUCAAGUUCGGGAGGAGGAACAACUGCAGCAGCAGGAGCAGCAGCAGAGCGAGAUGCUCAAGACGGCGGCCAUGAUGCGAGAGUUGCGCAAGAGCCUGUCGCCUUCGAAUGUGGACGCUGCUCCGCCCCCGGUGCCCCCGCCGCCGGUGCCGGUGAAGAGCGCCGAAACGGCGGCCAAGGCGAACGCUAGUGCUCAUCCAAACGCUAAAAGAGAUGACGCAAGCGGGCCAAAACAGAAGAUCGCAGCGGCGACUGGCGAAUCGUCAUCGCUUAAAAAUAAACCAAGGCGAGCAGCUGAUCCCAUUGAACAGCAUCAGCAGCAGCAGUCGGCAGAGCACCGCCAGAGCAGCAGCACCAUCACCAAAACAGCCGAGACCAUGACCAGUUCCACCAGUGCCACCUCAUCCAGCAAGUUCCCCACGCUGGACAGCAUGGAGAGCGAGCUGGCCAAGAUGUUUCCGCAGCACAAGGCGCAGGAUAUCUUUGAGGAGCAGCGCAAGCGAUUCUCCAACAUCGAGCUACCAACCAGUCAGCGCGAGAAUCAGACGAAGCGCUACUCGAACAUCGAGACCAGCAGCUACGAGUCCAAGAAGCGACUGGAAAACGGCCAGGUGGUGUACGACGUGAGCAGCUCCAGUCACGAAAAGCAGCAGGAGGGCGAUCCGCCCCAAGAGCAGCCGAACGCGCCACCCAUCCCCCCGCCGCCCAUUAUGUCAGCGGCGAAAUUAAACGGCGGCACCUUCAUUGAUGGAGAUUGUAAAAAUAGCCAGCCGCCGAAAGAGAAUGGCGGUGGCAACGGUACGUAUGAGGAAUUUCGGCAGCGUGCCAAGGCCGCCGUGGAUGCCAUUGGAGGAGAUCAGCAGCAGCAGAACGGCUUGGAUCACGACCGCGUGUUCAAGGACUUCGACCGGCUCUCGCAGCAGAUGCAUGCCGAGCUCCAGACCACGCGAGAGCGGCGGGAGAAAUCCGCCUCGCUCUACGAUCUCAGUGGCUUGACCCGGUCCUCGUUGGGCCAGCAAAAGCUGGACGAGCUGCAGCAGCGCCGGCAUGCCCACAUGCAGGAGCUGGAGAAGGAGAUUGAACGCUCGGCUAGGUCUCGGCAGGAGCGCCUUUCCUCGGUGCCCCGCCAGCUGGAGGCCACAUCGCCGCACACCCGCGAGAUACCCAUCGAGCUGGAGCCCCGUUCCCGGCGCGCCGAGUCUCUGUGCAACCUGAACGAGCCACCGCCGCGUCCACACACCACAGUGGGUCACUACAGCCACCCGUCAGCGGCGCAGGACGACUGGUCGCAGUACGCCAGCGAUCUGGGCUAUUCGGAGAACAUAGCCCGGCCUUUCGCCCGCGAGGUGGAGAUCUGCUAUCAGCGCCAGAACCAAAAUCCCAAUCAGAGAGCCGCGCAUGGCAUACGGGCACCGCGACUCUCCGCCAGCACCAAUGACCUGAGCAGCUCCAGCCAGUACAGUUUCGAUAGCUACAAUGCCUACGGCGGCCGCAGGACCCAUGCCCCCAUGCUGAACCAGGCCCAGCAGCAGCAGCGUCCCCACUAUGGCAGCUGCUACUCCAUGAUCGAGCGGGAUCCCAAUCCGCGGUACAUCAGCACCACAUCCAGGAGGGGAGUGAGUCCAGCGCCACCUCCGCCGCCGCUGCAACAACAUCAGCAGGUGCCGCCGCCCGCCUACGAUCGCCAGCAGAGAAGGGCCUCGCUGCCCAGGGAACUGCACGAGCAGCAGCUGAAGUAUAUACUGUCCAAGGAGGAAGAGCUCAAGCUGGAGGUGGAGCGACUGCAGCAGGAGCGUCGCCGCCUGAUGGAUGAAAUGCAGCGGGCACCGGUGCUGCCGGCCCCACAAAGGAGGGAGAGCUACAGGCCUGCCGCCAAGCUGCCCACCCUCAGUGAGGAUGAGGUCUUCCGCCAGCAGAUGGCCGAGGAGUGGAUGAACAAGGUGGCCGAGCGGGAGGAGAGGCGCCAGCACAAGAUCAUACGCAUCUCCAAGAUCGAGGACGAGCAGGAUCACUCGGCCGUGGACAGGGCCACCAUAAGCGAUGAGUUUCUGGACCGCGUCAAGGAGCGGCGACACAAGCUGUCCAUGCCGGCAGACAGUGACUGGGAAAGCGGGGCGGAAUCCCAGCCCCAGCCGCACUCUCAGUCCCAGGCGGAGUCCGAUGUGGAGGCGCCACCAGUGCGCAUACUCGAGGGCCAGGCGGAGGCCAAUCUUCGCCAGCUGCCGCGUCACCUGCGGGAAUUUGCCAAGUUUUCCACAAGCGAGCAGCUGCCUGACGGAGGCCAGAUGGAGCGCCACGAGGAGCAGGAGCGUCGAGAGGAGGCCACGGACAACUCGCACAGCAGUGCCAGCAAGAAGACGAGCAUCGUCAAGACGUACAAGGUGUCGCGGCUGCCGCCUUCCGUCCAGGACAGAGCCACCGCAUCCGAGGCAGACGCAUCUCCUCCAGAGUCCAGGGGAACGGGAACGGGAACGGGAAUGGGUGGAAUGGGUGUCCGGCUGCGACCACGCCCGCCCAAGCAGACGCGCUUCCUGCUCAACGCCCAGCAGCUGCAGCAGCAGCGCCAAAGACGCAGCUGGUCCGAGAGCGAUCUGCUCAAGGAGAUCGACAGCGAACUGCAGCUGGCCAAGGGCUUCCUCUACGCGAAUGUCUACAAAGUCAAGCACGAGUAUAUGAGCGAGCCGGAGACGGGCAACGAUCGUCCCCGAAAAAUGGCACAAUUAGGGCGAAGGCAGUACGAUGGCAUCGGUCCGGUGACCAACGAUGGAAUGCCCAUAAUCCUCAGAUCGGAGGUCCAGGAGCCGCAUCAGCAUGAGUGGUACAAGCGUCUGUAUCAGACGAUUCACAAGCAGAAGAACGGCGAUGAUUUCGUGAUUCGCUACAAGUGUCCCAGAGCCCGUCCCUCGUACAAGAGCAACGGAUACGUCUCCGAGCCCGAGCCCAACUACGACUCCGACUACUCCACCGUGAGGUACCGCACCCAGAAUCCGCACCGUGUGCAGUCCGUGUCCUCGGCUGUCAAUGUGCGCAACCUCAACCAGGACGAGAAGUUGUAUGGUACUAUGCCAAAUCCCAUAAAGUCAGCGCAGAACUCGUAUAAGAAUCAGCCAGGCCGCAUUGAGAACUACACAACAGGACAUUCGUCGGUUUCCGAGAAGGAAAAGAAGGAGUGGUGGGACGAAGUGAUGGACAUCUUUAACGGGAAUCUAGAACAAUCGAAACUCUCGCCAUUGUACACCGAAGGUAACUUGUCCAGAGCUCUGGCCAAGGAAUCUGGUUACACAAGCGACUCGAACCUGGUCUUCCGCAAGAAGGAGCUACCCGUGAGCAGUCCCCUGAGUCCCGUGGAACAGAGGCAGGCCUACAAGAGUCUCCAGGCAGGCGGAGAACCUCCACUGCUCGGCUUCCGCAAGCCAGCGCCCGAGAAGCCCCGUGAAACUGUGGAGGAGUUCGAAUUCAUACAGAUCACUCCCACGCUCACAAAGAUACGUGUGAGCACCAAGGGUCUGGAAGAGGAGGAACCCUUGAAAAAACCACCAAUACCAUCAAUCCCACCGCCUCCACCGCCGCCACCGCCUCCGCCGCCACCACAAAUCUUGCCGCAGCGAAGGGAGAAAAAGCCUGUGAAGAUGUUCUCGCAGCUUUCGAAGACCCUGCCCUCGUUCAUUCCCCUGAGCAAGAAGCAGCAGACUUCCCAACAGGACGAACCACCGCCAAGACCGCCGCAUCGUAAGUCCAGCUGCACCAAAAGCACGGUGCGUGUCCUGAGCUCGGCCUCCAAGUCCAGGCAUGAGCAGUGCUUCCAGCCGCCGAAUGGAAAUGCCUCGGGCGUGUCCACUAUUACGCUGAGGAAGGUGGCCACCUCGAGUUGCUCGCGUCGCGAACCGAUUUGCCGCUCCAAGUCAGCGGGAGCAGUGUCCACUCUCCUGCAGACCCUUACGGCCACCAAGGAGACCCGACUUACCCGCCGGGUUCAGCAGCAGCAGCAGCAACAGCAGUCUCGCUUGAGAUCCUCCAGUCCAGGCAGGCGUCCUGCUCGCCUCUUGGCUCUGCGUCACUCCAGCCGGAGUCCGGUGGCCUUUGGCCGGAGUAUCUCCAAGGAGCGGAGUUUCGCCGAAGAGAAGAAGCGGCUGGAGAACACUUUGCCGGCCAAUAGAACCAACUUUGAGGCCAGCACCAAUAUCUUGCGGGAUCCAUCUUUGAAAUCCCCUCAAGAAGUGAGGGAGGCAGUCCGUUCGUAUGCCACUUCCCGUAGCAAGUCCUUGCCCAGACUUCGGCACACCACUGUGAGCACCACCACGCGCCAGACCAUGUGCUUCCCCCAAGUGCGUCCCCAGACGCUCCUGGAUUGUGGAACUCGCUCUCUAAGGAAAUCAUCCUCCAAGGGAGGAAAGGGUCAGGCAAAGACGGGCUCCAAUGACAGCCUGCCGAGGAGUAACUCCACCUUUUCCAUUGAUUCCCUAGUGCGUACGGAGUAUGUGCCCAUAGCACCACCCAAAACAUAUGUGGGCAAGUCCAGAGGUUCGGCUUCCAAGGCCCUGGUUCCCCUCCAGAACAGCCGUAGCGAGGGUCACGUUCCAAGGAAGCGUCAGUCUGGAAAGGCAGCUAAGGUCCCACCGCCGGUGACCGUUCACUCCUACAGCGAGUCGGUGCGCGAGAAGACAAACUUCUGGAACGACUACAAUGCCAAGCAGGCCAUGUCGUUGCCGCAGGAGUACAAGUUCGUGUCGGAGGAUGUCUGCGACUUUUCGAGUCAAAUCCAGAUACAGCAGCCCUGCAUCGAGGACCUGGUGUGGAAGUACGAGGGCAAGGAUCAGCGUCCUCCCACAAAGCCAGCGGCAGUCACCGAUAUAGCCCGUCCGCUAUCGCCGCAGCUGAGCCAGGAACGUCGCUUCUCGCCUACCCGGGAGGUGCGUGUCCCGCAAAUAAACCGGGAGGUAAGAUCACCCUCACGUCGUCGCAUCGACAGUCUACGCUCCAAGGACAAGGAGCAGGCGGUGGCCAGGGCCAGCAGCCUAAGCAGCGCCGACGAGCGCGGCAGGAGGGCCACUCCAGCUCCCGCCAAUGGUCUAUACCAGUGCGGGGAGCUGGCCCACAGCGCCACCUCUUUGACCCACCUGGAGCGACACAGCCCCAGCUGUCGGUAUCGCAACAACUGCGAGCGCUUCACCGAACUGAAUCGAUUCUACAGCACCCUGGAGCGGGUGGGGCAGCUGGAGAGAGCCACCUCCUCGAGCAGCUUCCAUCCUCUACGGAAAGAUGCCGAGCUGCUGGACUUUGAUGAGUGGCGCAAGGUGCGACUCCAUGAGCGGGCCGAAAAGGAGCUGCAGUAUUUGGUGGGCAAGCUGCAGGACGACCAGAAGCAAAGGGAUCUCCACUACCGCUCCAAGGACGUGGACUCUCUUAAGUGGCGCCAUGAGGCGGACCAAUCGCUAAUUGCCAAGAAGAAGUCCGUGGAGGAUCUGCGCGAGAACUUUGAGCAGCUAAAUCUCCUGCGGCAGCAGCAGCAGCUGCAAUCGGAGCCAGUGCAUCGUCACUGGCGGCGCAACACGGUGGCGGAUCUGGCCAGCAGCCUGGAGCAUCGCGUUGAGGUCGAGGCCGAGCUCGAGCCAGAGCGCCAUUUGGACAACGACCUAGUGAGCACCUUGUCCAAGGAUCAGAUCAAGAAGAUCACUCAGCAGCUGAACGAGAUUUACUCGGGCAAUCGCCAGGCUCCAGCCGUGGAGGAGCAGUACGUGGUUACCGUGGAGAAGGGCUCCCGGCCAAACGGCUUAAAAGUGCGCUGCAACUCGAGCAUCUCAAAGGAGCAGCUCCUCGGACCUGUGCAGCGCAAGCGGGACGAGCAGCAGUCCAACCAGACCCUGCCCCGCGCCACUCGCAGCCAAUCUCCGGUGGUGGUGGCCAGGGAAACACGCGGCGCCAUAGCAGCCAAGAACGCGGAGUUGACGCUCUCAAAGCCGCCGGAAGUGCCGCCCCGGCCCAAAGGCCCGUCCAACCAAGAGGCCAAGAGUAAGACUCUUAACAAGGAACCUCCCAAGGAACCAAAGGAGGAUGCCCGCGAACCGGCCGAGAACAUAAACCAGAAGAUUCAGUACUUCGAGGAUCGCCAGUUUGAUGAGCCACCCAAGACCAUCUACCAUGCACGGGAGGACUCCUCGCCCGACGAAGCCGAGGUGAUGCGCCUCAUCGAGCAGAACAUGCAGGAGCGCCAGCGAGCCCGGCAGCUGCAUCAGCAUCAGCACCACCACCACCAGGAGCUGAGCAACUCCCUCACGGAUCUGAGCGGUGUCUUCGGAGAGCGUCCCGCGGCCAGGGUAAAUUUUCACUUGCACAGCCCGCCCGACCGUCCGCCCGACGAUACCGAGCUUAUCAGCUUUGGGAACGGGUCACCGGAACCCGCCGAUGCCAGUCUUGAGCUCUACUCGGACUCCUACUACCGCUCGCGCAGCCUGUCGCCGCAGUCGCAGGCCUCCGCCUGCUCCAGCUCCUACCUGCAGAGGGUCUACACCGGCGAGGUGCGCAAGAUGCGGCAGCACUUUGAGAGCAUCCAGCAGUCCGGGGAGCAGUCCCGGGAGCAAUCCAACGAGCGGCGUGAUUUUUUUGGGCUUAGCUCGCUGCGGAGGGCGCGCAGCGAUCCCGAAGUGAGUGCGGGAUCCAAAGACGCCCCGGACACUGCUACGGAGGCGGUGUCAAAGGAGGAACAACAGGCCGCUGCCGGCGUCGGCGAUGUCCCGCGUCUGACUCACAAGUUUGAGUUGCGCGGGGCUACGCCUUCGCCGGAGCGCGGCAGAAGGCGCCAGCGGAGCGCCCAGGAUCGCCUGAUGCCCCACAUAGACAUCAUUAGCAAGACGGCGGCCCUGAAGCGGGAGCUGCCAGUGCGAGCAAGUCCCACGCGGAGCGUGAGCAGCAACAGUCACUGCUUCGAGCGCCUGAGGAUGCGCUACGAGUCCUCGGAGCCGCCGACUCAGAGCUACCUGUCCACCUCGCAUCCGGACAUGCGGGAUGUGCAUGACAUAUCGCCGCAUCUAAGUGCCGACUGGGUGGCCCACAAGCAUCCGCAGCCCUCGAAACCAGAGGAAGUGCUGCCCAGGAAGCCGCAGCGAGUGGUGGCUAGGGCCAGCUCCACAUCACCACCGCGUCCGGCCAGAUCGCAGAGUCAUCAGCUGGGCUCCCGGCUGACCAGCUGCAUGAGGGAUAUCUUUGCCAACCAGAAGUUUGAUCCCAACAAGCAUCGUCCAAAGGCGCGCUAUGUGCCCGAGGGAGCGGAGACUGUAAAGAAGGCUCCUCCUCCUCCUCCUGGCAAUGGAACCCUGGAACGCCUGAAGAAGACCAUGGCGGUGACUUUUAAAGAGUCUCCCAAUCGUUACUAUGCCACAGACGUGAACAUCCAUUUCAAGACCCCGAUCAGGCAUGAGCAGCGCCAGAACGUGCCGGAGGAGGAACUAGCCAUUCGCCAAGCGGAGCAUAUGCAGAAGCUCUACCAGGAGGAGCGCCGUCGCAAGUAUCUACAGGAGCUGCAGGACAUGAACUCGCGCCGCCACACAGAUAACUUUACACCCUCGCAGAAGUCACCCAUUGCCCUCAAUCGCUAUGAUGAUUUCCCCACAGACGUGACCCUCAAGUCGCUGGUGGGUCCGAAGACAGUGGCCCGGGCUCUCUUCAACUUCCAGGGACAGAGCUCUAAAGAGCUAUCCUUCCGCAAGGGCGACACCAUCUAUAUCAGGCGGCAAAUCGAUGCCAACUGGUAUGAGGGUGAGCACAAUGCCAUGAUUGGCCUGCUUCCAGCCAGUUAUGUUGAGAUUGUCAGCCGUGAUGGUGCUCGGACACCAUCGAAGCGACCCUCGGAGGGCCAGGCCCGUGCCAAAUACAACUUCCAGGCCCAGUCGGGCAUCGAGCUCUCCCUGAACAAGGGCGAACUGGUAACCCUGACGCGUCGAGUGGAUGGAAACUGGUUUGAGGGCAAGAUAGCCAACAGGAAGGGCAUCUUCCCGGUCUCCUAUGUGGAGGUACUUACCGACAUUGGGGCCGAGGAUAUUGCCGCCAGGACAACCACCGUGAUCAGCACUCAGAGCACCACCAACCUGCGUCCCAAUCUGGAUGUGCUGCGCACAAAUAUCAACAAUGAGUUCAAUACGAUCACGCAAAACGGAGCCCAGCCCCCGAAUGGCAUUCUGAAGGAGACGCGAACGAUUCACAAGACGGAUGCCCUUCAUGUGGACACCAGCUCGGAGCCCUUGGCGUAUCGCGCCCUGUACAAGUACCGACCGCAAAACUCCGACGAACUGGAGCUGCUCGAGGGCGAUGUGGUCCAUGUUUUAGAGAAGUGCGACGAUGGUUGGUUCGUGGGCACCUCGCAGAGGACCGGCUGCUUCGGCACAUUCCCCGGCAACUACGUGGAACGGGCCUAAGGAGGCGACCGAUCAAAUGGAUGAUCCUCUAAUCUUAAUGAAUUUUAUGAAUUGUAGUCUAAUAUGAGGAGGAAUCAGCGUGGCCGGGGCGAAGGCAGUUCUAUGAUUAAUUCUGAUUUGGUUUAACUGGAUUAUUUUAUGUUGUUGUUGAAUAAUUCUUAUCCUGCUAAUUCUGCUGCUUUCGUUUUGCCGUAAUUUAAAGCUAUUUAUUUAUUUUUAAACAGAGCAUUAAUUAUAUCAAUGUUGGAAUUACGUUUAUUUAUGAGAAAAAAGCAAAAAAAUAUUAACCAGAAAAGUUGUACCCUCCUCCCCCACUCCGAGACACCCCAUUCACACACACACACACACCCACACAAAAACACACACCAAAUAUCGAAGGAACUACAUUAAGAUCAUACCAUAUAUAUAUUUUGUCGUUUACCUACUAAUUUUAACUAGUCACAGCUAAUUUCCAAAAAAGAAAAUCAAUUACAAACAAAAAAAAAAGAUAAUGAAGAAGCUAGUGGAGACCGUUGAACUAAAGUGCCUUAAAGUUGAAAUUUGAAUGACUAAAAACGUGAAAUAAAAAUAUAUAAAAAAGAAAGAAUAAUAAGGAACAGGUGCUAAGAUCCCAUGUGCCCCUUGUUGAGUCCCGGCAAUGGGGAUUAUUAUUACUGAUAAUUAUUAUUAUUAUUUAUGAUGAUAUUGUCGAGUCCGAACCAGCAGAAACCAUUUUAUAAUCAUUACAAAAAGCGUUUAUUACACAGACACUGUUGCAAGCGUAUUUAGUAAAUAAAGAAGAAACUAAAAAACA